UGAUGACGUUUGCGGUAGUUGUAUCCAAGAUAAUUUCCUGUAUCUAUUUACAAAUCUCUGACCCUUUGGUUUGCCUGGUUUUUGGCUUUAACAUCCUGUUUCCAGUAGUGGGUGUUUAGGCAGCCCGAACCAAAAACGGAACAAGGGGGAGUCGCAGGAUUAUACCAACCCUACAUGACAAAUUCGGAGCAUGGAGAGCCCGGUAGGUCAGAGCUAAAAUUAGCCUCUGCUCCUUUCACAUGCUGCAGCCGAACUGCGAUGCUUUAAACCAUGUAAAUCAGGGGGAUACACUAUCACAAGGGGCUGGCAGUAAAGACAUGUUUUCCAUGGGUGACAUUUAACGCCACACGUUUACUGGGGAGGCUCUGUGCGUAACGCAGGGGCAGCGCUGGAUCCACACUGGCUGCUGCUGCGCAAAACAUGAGUAUUUGGUAGUUGUUGGGGUUUUUUUUAGGAGACGCCAUAUAUGCUCUGUUCAGCGCACAUAUUCCAUGUGUGUUGCAAAAAUGUCUUUUUUAACCAUACCGAGCCAAGAGGGACUUUUUACUGCGAUUAAAACGGGAAGGUCAGCAGAGGCGGCAGAAAGUAGGUCCCACACAGACAACGUGGUUAACGAUGUUGAGGACGAGGAUGAGGAUGAUGAAGACGACGACGACGCCGAGAAUGUCCGUCUCAUCCCGAGGUGCUCCCCGGUGCCCAGGAAACGAGGCGCAUCCAUCCACGACGAGACAGCCGAGUACAUGCGGAUCCACUUGACGCUGUCUGCAGGUAAACGAGUGUCGUUCGCGGACACAACAGGUGGGGACCUGGUGGAUGUGAAGGAAUUCGUUGCCUUUGAUUCGGAGGAUGAAGAGGAUAGUGGGAGGUGGGAGGAAGAGGAGGCGAAGUAUCGAAAGCCGUGGAGAGAACCAAGCUACUCUGUGCACCCAGAGUUCAACGCGCCAGCCGACAGUGCCCUGCUGCAGGCUGUGCACACUAAGAAAGUGGAGGUUGAGCAGAUGUCUCCAGUGGAGGAUGAGCCACUCGCCUUCAGUGGGGUAAUACGUGUCCUGAACAUCUCCUUCCACAAAGCAGUUUACAUCAGAUCGACCCUGGACAACUGGGCCACUUACUUUGAUCAUCCAGCAGAGUACGUCCCGGGAUCCAAUGAUGGGGACACCGAUCAGUUCUCCUUCAAGCUGUCUUUUGCACCACCUUACAUCACACACGGCUCUCGCAUCGAGUUUGUCGUUCGCUAUGAAACCUCUGAAGGGGACUUCUGGGCCAAUAACUCCUCUUUGAAUUAUGUGGUGACUCUGCUCUUGUCCUAUGAAGAGGAUUCAGCGGACACAAACAGAGACAUGCAACACGUAAGGGGUAUCCUGAAACCUCCAAAAGCUUACAGUAUGGAUGAUGUCUUUGAUGCAGAAGAUGAGCAGGAAAAGGAAGAAGCAGAAGAUGCAGGGACCUCCACGUGUGGAUGUGACAGACCUACAGCUGUCUGUCCAAUCAUAGUACAGCCGGAGAUCGACAUUGAGAUUGCAGUUCACCCAUCUGGUCCCUCUGUCCCACCCAACCAGGAGCUUCCAUCUGUCGAUGGCACGCUGUCCGCUCACUCUGUAUCCCCAGGUGAACAAUUCCCCUGUACGUCUUCCGAAACCACGCUUCAAACUAAUUCAUCCUUUGUACUCUAUGCCAGCGAAUCAGUACGGCCAAAUAAGUCACAGCCUUUACACGGACUCAAGUGCGAAUUAGGCGAAGGAACGUCAGAGCAGCAAAGUGUUCCCUCUGCUCAGCUGCCCUCUCCACAACAAGAGUCAGGGCGGAGAUCAGACAGCUCCCAGGAUGGCAAAGAGGAGAUCCCUCCAUCAGAGGCCUCAUGUUUGCAACCUCCAACUGCAGAGACGAGGCUGACAACAGGAGAGGACAGGUGGAACAACAGCCCAGAAAGUCGUGCUGGCCUUGAGCUUUGUGCUGAAUUUGUCUCUCCUUCUGAGCGAGAGGUUGCAGUGGGAUUGAGUGAACUUGUUGCAGGAAUAUCAGACGGUUCCAGCUGGUCCACCUCGCAUCAUGAAGUCUGUACACCUGCACUUUACUCUGCUGUGGCAGAGACUCAGGCACGUCUGGGAGCAGAAGGUGGAGCUCCACCACCACCUGAACUCAGAGAGAACCCCUCAGUGAGUGCAGGUGUCACUGAGGUGAGCCAAAACUCAGCUCUUCAGUCAGUCUCUGCCUGGGAAGAGAAGGAAGAUACAACCCAGAUUUCCCCUGACACGUUAUUAGAGGAUCCACCAAACACGCUGUCAGAGGUUUUCAAGCAGCAGACUGAGUUUGACGUUAACACAAUUCUGAUGCCAUCCGUCGUCUUUUUAAGUGGAGUUGUCUCUCUUCUGAUAGUGUUGCAGGAACCCAGCGCCCUCUUCGUCUUUGGACUAUUUUUGGUCUUGUACCGUUUGUGAAAAUACCACAGUUCACUCUCUCAGAGAUCUCCUCUCCAGUUAAGUGCCUUUUCGUGAUGCCAAAAUAAGCGAAAAAUAAAAAAAAAAGAAUCGCAAGUUUCCUGUUAAAGUCGUGCGUCAGUGUGUGCGUUGUCAUCCAAUAAACAAUGAUGGGUACAGUUAAGAGUCGAUGCAAAGUCCAAAGCACUGACAAGGACAUUAAAUAUUUUCACUGAUUCUGUCUCAGAUGUGUAAAAAAAAAAAAAAAAAUAGAAGUCAAUAAUUUCACAAUUUCCACCACAGCAUUGUGACUAAGAACUGGGAUGUCUUGUAAGUGGUUUGUUAUGACUUUUUUUUGUCGUGUGGAGAUGUGUGUAAUAUUGUGGUGUAUCUCAUCACUUGCUUUUGUUUUAAUUUUUGUUGGUUUUGUAUCGUUGUUUUUUUUCCUUGUAGGUGCGGUCGCUGUCUAUGACCACACUGCCAUGAUUUUGACGGUUGUGAAUUCCAUGUGUUUUUAGUCUUCAAUUUAAUAAAUGGACAAAAAAAAAACAUUACCAUAAAGAGACGUAUUACACAAAAGAAGUGUUGUUUACAAAAUGCAAAAAAAGGAAAAGAAGUAUUUCGCCUUAAUGCCUAAAAGGAAGACAACUGGAUGAGGUAUAGGCCUACUGAACAUCAGUAUGAAACAGUUGCUGCCUGAGGGUGGACAAAAGUGGAACGUGUGACAUUUUAAAGAGAUCAUUAAACAACACCAGCAUUCUCACUUUUGCACAUAAUAUAACACAUACAAUUCACCAUAUUGACACAGAAGCCAUUUUCCUGUGACAUAAGCUCAGAAUAGGAAGGAGGAGGGAUAAUACUGCUGUUUAAGGAAUUUACAAUAUAAAGAUCUGACAAUCAUAAUUUAUCGACUUACUGAAAAGACAAAACCCACGAAAAUUCAGAGAAAACUAGACCACAUCAAGCUAUCAGACACAAGCUAAUGUUAGCGGUCAGACUGUUUCUAUCUAAUAUUGUUGUUGUUAUUGUUUGUGAAAGUGUAGUCCAAUAUAAUGGAAAGGUGUAAACACACAGGAACAUGUUUGAUGACCUAUUUUUUACAGUUUGACAAUAUAGCCAGUGUUAGCAUUUAGCCACUGCCUAGCUAAUAUUACUGUUAAAUAGAAGGUAGAUGAGCUAACGUUAGCUUUUGUAAGAGUUAAGCCUUGAGUAAGGCAUGAACAAAUUUCAAUAGGAUGUAUUUGAUACCCAGAGGUAGUCUCAUGUAAAACAGCUUAUGUUAGCAUUAGACCUCUUCUUGCUAUCACUACAGUUAGCGAAUAAUUCGCACCUUCUCUAUUGUAUCGUGCAAAUAAUCCAAAGCUAGUGUUAGCGUUUAUCUCACUCCUAGCUCAUGGUAAUUGCUUGGAAGUUGCUGCACGCUAACGUUUGCCGUUAGCUAAUGGGCUAUUUAAUAUGUUGUUUUAACUGGUACCACUCGAUGCCCCGCUAUCAAUCAGGAAACGGUGAAAUGAAAGCAAUUAUUUAGAUUCCUUGAGUUCACACAAUUGCCAAACCCAAAGCCAAAACAUGACUGCAUCUUAUGAGCUUUUGGGCUACCCAACCUGCGCACGAUGUCAGAGGAAAAUGGCCGCCGUGAGAAUCUGGUCUUCCUGUUGAAACUUGCACACACGCCCAUGCAUUUGUAGUUGCACAACACAAUAUUUCACAGCACUACUUUGCCAACCUCACAGACUGAGGCAUCGAAUGACAUGUUUGAAGUGGUGAACGUUUUUUUGCAGUGUAUUGCCAUUAAAACAGUCUUAUACCUUG